AUGAGCCUGUGGGUGCCGGAGAACUUGCUACCGUACCUCGACUACUUGCCCGAUGUCCAGAAGACGAUCAACUUCCUGAUGGCGUUCACGCCGCUCGUCUCCUACGGGACCACCUGCUACGGCAUCUACCGUAAACAGACGCUGACGGGGUUUCUGAUCGACAUCUGUGCCACCAUGCUAAUGGCGCUGUGGCUACGUAUCCUCUAUUACAUCAUCACCCCCUAUGAGGUGACGCUCUUGUGCCAGCUGAUGGUACAGAUGGUGAUCCAGCUGGUCCUCUUGACGUUCGCCCUAAAGUACCGCCUGCCCCAGUACGACCCGGAGUUGCUUGCACCGAUGCCCCACUUCGACCAGGAGGUCCACAACGAGCUCCCCGACCGCAGCAACCCCACCAACCAUCGCCUUGAAAACGACUACUGGAGCGACCUUGUGGAGGAGUGGGAAGUGUAUUUGAGGGUGGCGAUAGCCCAGACGCUCCGGUUCUUUGACGUCUACUACCAGCGGCCCUUCUUGUUCUGGCAGUGGAAGUACCCGAGAAGUUACUGGCGGUUUGUGGCGUCGUUCAUGACCAUCUUCGCCACGCUGACGUUCUUGCUUCUCCACUCGGAAAAGUGGGGCACUUUCUUAGGGAUAUUGGGAUUGCUCAUCGAGCUGUUGCUUCCGUUACCGCAGAUCCUUUUGCUUCGCAGACUCCAGCUGGUGGAUAACUUCAAAUUGGUGUUGUUGUUCUCGUGGUACGGCGGUGAUUUGACCAAGAUCGGCUACUUGCUUUACGGAACUAACAACGUGCUGGUGAUCUUUAUCCUCGCGGCAUUGUUCCAGAUGCUGUUGGACAUCUAUAUUGGCUACCAGUAUGUGUAUUUCAAGUACUUGGUACCGCACAAGAUCGAGUUGAUCUCGCCGCAAUCGCUGGACGUCGAUGCCCCAAUUCACCUCGACCCCCUCCCGAAGGCAAUUCCAAGUGUUGUGUAA